GGGAGGAACCGGAAAUGUCAGUUUCAGGAAAACACUGACGGGAAUUUUUGGACUACAUACUGAACUGUACUGAAUAAUCUGUGGAAAAUGAGCCGUAUUUAUCAUAACGCAUCUUUAAAAAACAAACCAGUGCACAAUGAGAAAUAUGACAGUGUGUGGUCACCCGGCUCUCAUGAAAGUGGUCCUGGAGUGAUUCUUGAAGGAAUCCUUGUUGAUGUUUCAAGACAUGUGCUGACUGAUGUCAACAAUCAGAAGGUUCGUUACCACAUACUGUAUAUCAAACCUAAAUGCGUCCAUCGAAGGAAGUAUGACUCAAGUGGGAAGGAGAUUGAACCAAACUUCAGUGACACCAGAAAGGUCAACACAGGCUUCCUCAUGUCCUCCUACAAAGUGGAAGCUAAAGGGGAGUCAGACAUACUGUCAGAGGAGCAGCUGUCAGCACUGAUACGUAAAGCCGAGCUGGUGAAAAUAACUGACAAGUACAGACCUGACGGCACAUGGGCCUUCUGGUACCCUGAAUGUGAGAUGGACAAAACAGAGCUGGAGACUGAAACAGACAUUCGACUGAAGACGAGAGGAAACAGCCCCUUUAUAUUCUCCUUAGCUAAAGUAGAGGGUGGCACAGUGUCCAAAUGUAACUUUGCCGGAGAUGAGAAGACCGGAGCAUCGUGGACUGACAAGAUUAUGGCCAACAAGGGUGUAGCAGAUUACGCCCAGAAGCCUGGAGGUGAAGGAGAGGGAUCGCAGGAAGAUGAAUGGGAUGACUAAAGAGAAGAUUGUAGCCUCGAGCUCUUGGCCCAUCUCCAGAUUGAAUUUCUGCUUGGAUCAGAUUGCUUCGGUUCCCCCACCAGAAACCAAACUUGUUGCACACGUGGCCUUGGCUUGAAUCGUUCCUUUGCACUUACAAAGUGAGACAGAUUUUUUCUCUCUGAGUAAAACCGACAAGAUCUGGUUUUGAUUUGGUCACCUACACAAGCUCUGUUAUUUGACUUGCUCUGCUUCUUUUGUGCAUAUUUGGUCACGUUGCGUUGGUUAAAUUCCACCAUCGAAUUGUGCAUCGUUUUCCUCUUCUAUUAACACUUCCAAAUACAUACAUGACUUCAGACUUCAAAUUUUCCACGGCCAAAACUGUUGGCGGCAUCAAUGGCACAAAAGUCUUAAAUAAACUAGUGCCCAUCAAUUUAUCUACCCGUUGCCAUCAGUGUGCGCAAUCCGUUAAUGAAAGUAGUUUAUAUGUUUAUUUUCCUUAUGUUUAAGGCAGAUGUUUAAGUUCCGGCCUUGCUCGUCACAUGACCGAUAACUGAAAUAGAAAAGAAUGUUAUUUGUCUAUCAUUGGUUAUUCGUAUUUUUACCUCCAUUGACCACAUGUGCCUGAUUUACUGUAUAACAGAAAGUUAUAAUGCAAUAGUGAUUAGCAGUAAGGGUAAAUAUUAAGAGCAAAAUAUUCUCACGUCAGCUUUGUCUCCUCAAUUACAUAUGUGAAACUACACUCUUUAAAUCCCUUACAAAUACAAUAAAAUACAACUUUAUAGUAAAUACAGCACAUUUGACAACAGCUGCAAAGCGAAAAUGGGAAAAACAAACAGCGUGAUUGCAAAUGAUGUGUUUGGUAUGUACGUAUGAACUAACUCAUUUUCAGAACACUAACUUGAAUUUGACUUUGUCAGCUUAGUUCGUGAUUCAUUGUCGUAAAGGGGCAGAAUGUAAAAUAAAUUGACAUGCGAUACUCAUUCCUUUUCAUUUACUGUCAUUUUAUUUUUCUUCAACUCUUUAUUUAGUAUACAUCACUUGUCGGUGAGUAGUCCCCACUUUUCUUGUCAACUACAAACAUACGUAAACACUAAACACAAAUGUAUCCAAUUCUUGCCUUUAAAUGUACAAAAUAUCUGUCGCUUUUUUUUUUACUAAAACACUGUAAUAAUGUAAACAAUAAACAAAUAGCACAUACUGUCA